AAGUGACAGUGCAUUGUUGUCGAUUCAUUUGCGUGUUGGAAGUUGGGAUGCGGAUUCGGAUUCCAGUCCUGUGGGUAAAGCGCAGCGCAUCAGCAUUUCACCUGAGCCAGGACAGUGUGAUGAUGGUUGGGAUCCCAGCUGGAAAGAGCGCCCCCUACGUGCAGACCAGUCUGGGGGCUGAUGUGGAGCCACUCCACUUCUACUGCACUGAGUACAGCAGCGGCUUUGGCUCCACAGGGUUCAAGCCUCGCUCCGGACUCCACACAGGGACCGGGUACAAAUCCAACUUCCGUCCGGCGCUGUACUACCGAGCCAGCCUGGACCGGCUCGACAACCCUGCACUCGGACUCUCCUUAUUGGGCAACUACUGCUCUGUGACUCACAAACACUUCCUGCCGUCACACAACCCGGGCGGGACAGAACCACUACCCCAGAACACAGAGUCCCGAGGGAGCGGGUUCACGAGAGAGCCAGGACUGACCAUCCCGGGACAGUGUCCUGUGUUCCUGCAGACAGAGUACAGGGGGAGAUUUCCCCCCCCGGUCCCCCAACCAGCAGUCUCUCGCCAGCACAAGACAGUCAGCUGGAAGGAGGACACAGGGUUUACUGAGGGAUCGAACCUGGAGCCAAUCACCUACCACCCCCCCUCCAACUACCGGGAGGAGCUGUCGGGUUACACAGACCGUCCCACAGGAAGCAGCAUCAUGAAGACUGACUUCCUGCCAUCGGCUCUCCAGCAGGGUGGGGAGGCGCUGCCACGGCUGGCUGAUCGUCAGGAACGCAUGACCGGCUACACCAGGGAGGGCGUGCCCCCAGUGACAUCAUCAAACCAGAACCAGCACUCAGACCCGCCCGGCUGCUUUGUCACUGUGAGCCAGCUGAGCCACGGACCCCUCGCGCUGUCGCACCCCCCGCUGCUGGGCAGGGUCACUGUGGGGAGCAAGGAGCUGUCUGGGUACAGUGAGAACACACCUGGCCAUGUGACUCAGUCAUGUGACCCCGCAGCCUCGCAGCGAUUCCUCACUCACUACACUACAAAGUUCUCUGAUAAGACCCCGGUCGGUGCUGACAGGGAGGGCUGGACUCGAGGAGGGAUCCAGAGGCAGAAUCCCAACAGCUACACCUUCAAUAACCAGCGACAGAGACUGUGCAGGGAGAGCCUGCGCACCCUGCACCCUCACCAGGCCAGGACGAUCCAGAAAUUGAGCCCUCCAUUUGAUGACCACACCCACCGGUACAGGAUCCGCCCCCUGCAGUUCGCUGUCUGAGGACCCCCUGACACUGACCUGAAGAGCUUUCUGAUCAUCACUCAGAAUUUCUUUUUAAGAGAAUCUACAAAAGAAAAUAAUUAUAUUUUAUAGACUCAAAAUAAAUAAGUAACUAAAUAAA